AUGGCAUUGGCCGAUGAUGCGCGGAGAAUGAUCUCACCAUAUGGCUCAGGUUUCAUUUUUGAGCCCCGAUGCUCAUUCCCCGCGGAUGAAGUUCGCGUCACUGGCCGGUUCUGUCGCAAAGCUCCGUCGCCGGGCCGUUGCGACUGGGUCUUGAUGCGAUUCAGAGCGCCUUUAGGAUUGUUUGAUAAAUUGGUCACACCAUUGGUCAGAUUUGAGCUCGAUCCAGCAGAAGUGUUACCGAGAGGACGUUGGGAGGAGGAGGUGGUGGGAGAAGAUGAGGGUUGCUGGGCUUUGACUCCGUUCACCCCAGUCUGGGGAAAGGCGGGGGCGGCCGCUUCAUCUUCGGAGGAUGAGAGCCUGGCUUCGAGACCGCAGUCGCCAUGA